UAUCCACAGUCCAUACAAGAUCUGAAGUGCACAAGGAUCUUCAGAGCUUCUAUCCAGGGAUGUGAGCAAUCCGCCACCUUAUUACCAUGGUGAUGUCGCUCUGAGCUCUCUUUCUGAAACUGAAGAGAAGGUAAAAAAGAGAAGAGAAUGAGAGAGAGGCACCAAAGUCCAGAAAUAUUUGAGCAGAACCUUAAAGAGAUGCAGUCUCUCCGCUCCUCCCCCUCUCCUGCUCAUGUUGUGUCUCCGGUUCCUGAGCUCCCGGAGCGGACCGGACCCCCCUCACCCAGCCCCCCCAAGGGGCCCCCGAGGGAUCUCGGGGCUCCCCGCACUCUCCACUCCUCUCCCGGGGGAGACCCAAAGACCCCGGAGCCAGUGGGACAGUCCCCCCAGAGAGGGAGAAGCCCCAUCGCCAGGGACAGACACCCCAACAUCCUCAGCGACUCCCCGGAUUCAGACAGUGGAGACGAGCCCGGCAUCGGGGAGAACGGGGAGCACCGAGCCGCCGCCACACCAACAUCCCGCUCCUCCAUCGGCACCGAUCCCCCGGCUGGCGGCAGAGACACCCCGAUUCCAGGCAACCCUGCCGGAGACACCCCGACGAGUAACUCCCCUGCAAGUGACAGAGUUCCCGGCGGAUACUCCGCAGAGCACGCUGCCCGAGACCCCCCGGGGAGAGAAAGAGACCCCCCUGGCUCAGACAGAGACCCACCCGGCCGGCGGAUGGAAGAGACAUCGGGGAACGCGGUGAUCAUCAGGAUCGGCAUCCCGGACCUGCAGCAAACGAAGUGCCUCCGGCUGAACCCUGAUGCUCCAGUUUGGGUGUCCAAACAGCGCAUCUUGUGCACCCUCAACCACAGCCUGAAGGACGUUCUGAAUUAUGGACUCUUCCAGCCAGCUUUUAAUGGUAGAGCUGGGAAAUUCCUUGAUGAAGAGCGACUGCUACGGGAAUAUCCACCUUCUUUGGCCACACCUGUACCCUACCUAGAGUUCCGCUAUAAGAGAAGAGUUUAUACACAGACACUACUGGACGACAAGCAGUUUGCCAAACUUCACACCAAAGGGAAUCUAAAGAAAUUCAUGGAGUACGUUCAGCUGCAGAAUAUUGAGAAGGUGACCAGGUUGCUUGAGAGGGGUCUGGAUCCCAACUAUCAGGAUCCAGAUACAGGGGAGUGUCCUCUCACCCUGGCUGCGCAACUAGAAGGUGGAGCAGAUCUGGUUAAAGUUUUGAGGAGUGGAGGUGCGCACCUGGACUUCAGAACACGUGAGGGGCUAACGGCUCUGCACAAAGCGGUGCGAUACCGCAAUCAUGCCGUGUUAAUGACCCUUUUGGAUUUAGGUGCUUCUCCAGACUAUAAAGACAGCCGUGGCUUAACCCCACUCUAUCAUAGUGCAAUGGUUGGGGGGGACCCAUACUGUUGUGAGCUAUUGCUCCGGGACUACGCAAGCCUAGGCUGUGAAGAUGAAAAUGGAUGGCAGGAGAUCCACCAGGCAUGCCGCUAUGGACAUGUUCAGCAUCUGGAGCAUCUCCUCUUUUAUGGAGCCGACAUGAGAGCACAGAAUGCAUCGGGGAACAGUGCCCUACACCUUUGUGCUCUUUACAACCAGGAGAGCUGUGCCCGGGUUCUUCUCUUCCGUGGAGCAAGUAAAGAGAUUAGGAACUUCAACAACCAAACAGCGUUUCAAGUUGCUAUAAUUGCAGGAAAUUUCGAACUUGCUGAAAUCGUCAAAACUCACAAAGAAUCCGACAUUGUGCCUUUUCGGGAGACUCCAAGUUAUACAAAACGCAGACGUGUUGUGAGCUGCGUGGGUCUCUCAUCGCCCCGUUUUCUACAGCGUUCCGCCAGUGACAACAACCUCAAUUCAGAUGGGGCCCAUUACUCUCCAGUGCCGUCGCUCCGUGGUCUACCCCCUCAUCUGCUCACCCAGGGGCCUGACACCUCCGGAGGAGCAGCUGUGGGGGAUAGUAGCCUUGCGAGCACUGCCAGCUCCCGCAGCACACAUAGCCGCUCUCCAUCAUUACAUCGUGCAAGAGAAGAAAGAGAUACUGAUAGCCACACUCUGAGGAGGGGAAGAGGAAAGAGCAGCCCCGGGCCCCUGGACACGAGGAGCACCGGCCCUCGGGGGCCCAAAAGAAAACUGUACAGCGCGGUACCUGGGAGAACAUUCAUAGCAGUGAAGUCAUACGAACCGCAAGGACCUGGAGAAAUCCAACUCAACAGAGGGGAAAGAGUGAAGGUGCUGAGUAUUGGUGAAGGUGGAUUUUGGGAAGGAUCAGUCAAGGGUCGGAGUGGAUGGUUUCCAGCAGACUGUGUGGAGGAAGUGCAGAUGAGACAGCCGGAUCCACGUCAAGAAACUCGUGAAGAUCGGACGAAGCGUCUCUUCAGACAUUACACAGUUGGAUCAUAUGACUCCUUUACUUCUCAUAGUGAUUAUGUCAUCCAGGAGAAAGUUGCUCGAUUACAGAAGAGGGAACUGGAGGGAUUUGGUUUUGUGUUGAGAGGAGCAAAAGCAGAGACACCUAUCGAGGAGUUCACACCUACACCAGCUUUCCCUGCUCUGCAAUAUCUGGAGUCUGUGGACGUCGAUGGCGUAGCAUGGAGAGCAGGUCUUAGGACAGGAGACUUCUUGAUUGAGGUGAAUGGAGUAAAUGUUGUGAAGGUUGGUCAUAAACAAGUGGUAUCACUGAUUCGCCAAGGGGGUGCUCAUCUAACCAUGAAGGUUGUGUCUGUGAGUCGCAAACCUGAGAGUGAGGAGGCCAUGCGUAGGAGGGCUCCCCCACCUCCAAAGAGGGCGCCAAGCACCACUCUUACCCUGCGGUCCAAGUCCAUGACAGCUGAGCUGGAAGAACUAGAACGAUUGGAUGAGAUAUUGGUGGCUUCUGAUCCCUCCAUGAGACCAGAGAUUGCCGAGGCUGACUCAAGAGCCGCUACGGUAAAACAGCGACCAACCAGCAGGCGCAUCACUCCAGCCGAGAUAAGUUCGCUGCUAGAAAGACAAGGGAUUUCUUCACAUGCAAUUUCUCACUUCCAUAGCGAAAAACCUCACAUUUCACUCCACCAUGGUAUGUCUCGGACUAAGUCUGUAGGUGAAGAUGAGAAACUAUCAGAUUCAUUCCUUGAUGGACGAUUUCCACGCAGCACUUCCAUGCAGGAUUCUUUAAGGGAAGGUCCAGUAAUUCCACCACCUCCACAGAAAUCUGCUCCCCUUCCUCCAUCCCCUUAUUACUUUGACACUGGGCCACCCCCAGCUUUUUCUCCACCUCCUCCUCCUGGUAGGGGAUAUGAUACAGUGCAUUCCAGCUUUAAACCAGGUUAUGAAGCCAGACUCCAUGGGCUUCCACAUGGAAUGGGAUCUGCAGAGCUGUUAAGCAUGGAUCGUGCCCUCCCUCCUCCCGAUCGGCAGAAGCGUGCUCGUUCCAUGAUCAUUCUUCAAGACACAUCUCACUUGCCUGUAGAACCUACAAGUAUUCCCCGACCUGGUCCAUCCCCAACACCUCCAGAAAAAUUGAAAAGAAGAAGUCGAGCUGUGGACAAUCCCUAUGCCAAUAUGGGUUUGUUUGCACCAAUGAAGUCGCAACACAAAAAGAGUCCCCUUGUGAAGCAGCUUCAAGUGGAAGAUGCACAGGAACGAGCUGCUUUAGCCAUGGCUGGGGGUUAUUCACGGGAUCCCUCACCAUCUCGACGCAGUCCACGACAGAGUAUGAUGGAGUUAGGAAGUGCACACCACGAUCCAUUAGGUAGUCCUUUUGUAACAGCACUUGCUGGAGUAAUGAAGGAACGUGAGCGACGGCUGGAUGAGAAGCGAAAAUCCACAGUCUUUCUCUCGGUCGGAGCAUUGGAGGGUACACCACCUUCUCCAGACCUCCCCUCUCUGCAACCCUCUCGCUCUGUUGAUGAGCGAUUGUUAGGGAGUCGUGAUGUCCUCCUACCUUCUCCAGGUUCUUCACUUAAGUCUUUGAUGUACAGCAGUCCUCAUUCUACAUUCAUCCACCCUCUUACUGGUAAGCCCCUUGAUCCAAAUUCACCUCUUGCACUUGCGCUGGCCGCAAGAGAACGUGCGUUUUCUUCCCAGGCACCCUCUCCUCCUCCACCAAGGACACCUACUCCAGUAAGGAGCCCAGAUUCUGAUAGAGCUCCUCCACUCUUUCUGGAAAUUCAAACCAAAGAGGGAGAGGUGGGAAUGGAGAUAGAAGGGUCAGCAUCACCCAUAUAUAGCCCUUCUAGGGCGUCUGUGAAAGGCCAGUGGAGUGUUCCAUUAAGAAGAGAUGGAGAGGGUCGUGCUGAGAAAAGUCCAGAACGACCUGAGAGUAGGGUGGAGGAAAGGAAACCUAUGAUUCUAAGUAUUGUGGACACCUCUCAGCAGAAAACAGCAGGGCUUAUAAUGGUGCAUGCUACCAGCAAUGGGACAGAAGACAAAGAGCAGGAGGCACCAGCUACCACUGACCAGCAAGAGACCACACAGCUACAAGACACUGAAGAGAAGGCUCCUUCAAGCUCUUCUUCUGAUAAAACUCUUGGUCAGGGAAGCUCAGAAGAGGAAGUGGAGCCUUUUGGGGCUAACAAUCUGCCACCAGCCAUGCUGUCCUCAAGUGAUGAGGAAACAAGAGAAGAAUUAGCAAAAAUUGGGCUAUUGCCUCCUCCUGAUGCUUUUGCCAAUGGAGUCUUGGUCACCAAACCUGGCACCCCCUUCAGCCAACUGUCUCGACCUGGUACUUUGGCUGUGCCAUCUUCCAAGCAAGCUAGUGGUGUACCACCCUCAGGGAAGCCUUCUGAUGCCCCUCUCCCCCAUCCAGAGUCAGCUACUGACUCAGGUGUGGAGGAAGUAGACACCAGGAGCUCGAGUGACCACCAUCUGGAAACCACAAGCACCAUCUCUACUGUGUCCAGCAUGUCCACUCUAUCCUCAGAGAGUGGGGAGCCCACUGACACCUACACCUCGUACGCCGACGGUCAAACUUUUAUACUCGAGAAGCCACCAGUGCCUCCAAAGCCCAAACUCAAGUCUCAGCUGAUGAAGGGCACCGUGACCUUCAGGGACCCCCUGCUCAAGCAGUCCUCGGACAGUGAGCUUAUUGCCCAACAGCAACUUGCAGCGGGCCGUCCGCGCUACCUCUUUCAGAGAAGAUCUAAGCUAUGGGGAGAUCCAAUUGAGAGUCGGCCUCUUUCACACGGAGGCCCUGUGGAAAUAGAAAAGCCGUCUGUAAUUGGGGAGAUCAGUUCUCGACUUCAGCUGCUAAACAAGGACACACGGUCACUUGGGGAGGAGCCAUCAAUCCCGGGAAUGGACCCUGGCAAGAAAUCUCCUGUGGUGGCGGCUCGACAUUCAGAUGUUCGGAAUUUUGGCCCAUUGUGUAAGUCUUUGCAUGCAGCCACCAGUCAGCGGCAGGCUCUGUCUGUGUGUCUGUCUUCUUCCUUGAACUGUCUUGUGAUCUCCAACCCGAGGGUCGGGGGGGUCAGUUUUCCUUCUCGGAGCUUGUUCAGCAGUCUCGGAGAGUUGCACACUAUUUCCCAGCGCAGCUAUGGAACAUCCUACACCGUGCGCCCCGGAAGCCGCCACCCCUUGAGUCGCCGAGCACCCAGCCCUGUACCACCUUCGUCAGAGAGGGUGGAGCCCUUAGGUGGAGCACGUUCCUAUACGCUUACACCCCCCACCAUAUUGAAGUCCUCCAGUCUCUCAAUUCCUCAUGAACCCAAGGAGGUGCGUUUCGUUGUAAGGAGUGUCAGUGCCCGGAGUCGUUCUCCUUCCCCAUCUUCUGGGCAUCCAAUGCACAGUUCUCGCCCAUUCUUGCAGAAGCCCCUUUCUAUGUGGAAUAAGUAUGAUGUAGGCGACUGGCUAGAGAGUUUGAACCUAUCAGAACACCGUCUUAAGUUCCAGGACAACGAAAUAGAGGGCUCCCAUCUACCUGCUCUUACCAAGGACGAUUUUGUAGAGCUGGGGGUAACCCGAGUGGGUCAUCGCAUGAACAUCGAGCGUGCCCUUCGCCAACUAAGCACCAGCUGACCCGGUCAGGAGCUGCGGUCCCAUCUCCCGGGAGGGCAACUCCGCACCGCUGCGGGGGGAGGAAUUACUUUACAUACACACAAAGACAGUCACUACUCAGAAUACCUAAAACGCACACCUACUGAUGUACAGAAAUCCGGACUAGUAGAAAAAUCGGAAUGCCUUGAACAUACUGGAAUUGGUUCACACUGCUCAGAGCCUUUAAGUGGAGCCCAUUGCUGUACACAUACCGUGACGAUUACAUGUGCUAGCUUAAUCACGCUUAACCUGUCACAUUCAGACACGCUUACUCUGACACACACUGACACACAGCUGUUGACCCACACACUGACUGAAGGGAGACCUUGUACAAGUGAUAGAUCAGAUGCAUAAUACUCUGAAAGCAUACACCACAUGUAACACCACAGAAAUAAUCCUCUCCUUGUGCGGUGCAAUGGGGCCCAGUAAUUGAUCCCCCCCCUCCCUCUUUCUGUGCCAAGGAGGGGAGGUGGGAUCAGUCACAGGGUCCCAAGGCCAGGCCACUGUGUGUUAAUGCCACCUUUUUUUACCUGAAUCAACAAGAGAAUCACAGUCAGACAGUGAGAUAAGUCUGCAGGGGAACGGGGUUGAGCUGCACACCUCCCAUACCAAGAUCUGACUCAAGUCCUGGAGAGAAAUCCACGGAUUGGUCUAGAAGAGGCCGCAGGUUCCAGCCACCGCCACUGUGGGACGCUUUUUAUGCAUCUUUUUAAUUAGCUAUAUAUUUGAAGAAAAAAAAAAUGGACUUUACCUAUAUAUAUAUAUAUCUCAUAUAAAUAUAUAAAUAUAUAUAUCUAUAUAUAUAUCUAUAUACACAACACUCUCACUGGACUUUUUAUAUACAGCAGAUCUGGGGGUAUAUAGAGGUAUUGUCAGAUACUGCAGUACCUCAUUCUGGGGUUUCAUUUGAUUAUUUUUUAUCCCUAUUGGAGAUUAUGAGCGUUUUUACAAUAAACCCCUCACCAUGCCACCAGCAUUCUUUAGAAUGGAACAUGCAUCUCUACAUCUGAAUUCCAUCCGGAAAAAAAAGGGAGAUCAUCUUACUUUCAAUGGUUUCUUACUUCAUUCCAAUGUCAUAUUUAUUUGCACAUGGGUGUUUAUUAAAAUUGGGCCAUUCAUUUAAAAAGGUGGAAGAUUUGUCCUUUAGUUGUGACUAUUAUGUCGGACAGGAUAUUUCUUAAUGUGUUAUUUUUGCAUAUUCUUCCUUUCAUGUGAUAUUCCGUAGAGGGCUUAUUCUAGCAUUUGAGGUGAGUUCUUUUUUUAUGGUUUCGUUUUGGUUGGAUGUUUAGUUUGAAAUGUCUUGGGGGGGAGGUCACUUUUGGAUAUAUGGUUUUCAUUUCAUUUGAAAGCAUAUUGAAUUAUUCCAUUAUUUUUUUUUUUGGUCUAUUCAGGUGUUUAGAAUUAGCAAUUAUUUCCUUACACUGCUUUUUGUGGUUUAGCCGGAGAAAGAAUAGACCCUACGUAAACCCCCUGAAAUGUUGUACCUAUUCCCUAAGUAAAUGUCACCAAGAGUCUCCCUCCCAGUGAAUUGGGGUCCCAGAAACAAAUGGGACAUUCAUGGUCAACUCUCUUCAAUACCUUGUGUAUUGUUAACGAUCGUUUGGAGAGGAGGGACGAUCACGGAGCCGGAUGGGUCCUCUCAUGUACUGUGUCCCUGUGCACCUGAAGAUGGAUUACCUGAGGGUGACCAACCUGGAUCCGGUGUGCCUUAUUGCCAUGAUAAUCGCUUCAAGCCCCUAAUGGGGAGAAGCAGUGUAAUGUUAUCCCAUUUCCUGCAGUGCCUUAUCGCCAUUGUGGAGCUUAGACAAGACCCUCUAACUGUGCUACACUAGCAGCUGCCAAUAGAGCAAUGCCCAAGGUGGAGCUCUAGCUGCUACUUCUCUCACUGGAUCAGCCCAAUCCCUACACAACAAUGGAGCCUCAUGGACAGGGUUGUUUAUCCAGUUAUAUCUGUUUGGCAGAGGGAUGUUGAAGAACGAGGUUAUUAAGGCCACAUGCUUCUGCAAGGAGACAGGACACUAAAAAUUUCAAGUGUAAAUUGAAUUUUAACCCCAUGUA